AUGCGCGCGUCUGGAGCGCUCCUCUGGACCUUUGGGACGCUGUCGUCCUUUGCGAGCGCCAUCGCCGGCACGACGCUCACAGACGAUGACCUGCGCAACAUUCCCUCGCCGGGCUCCGACUUUGACAUCAAGGACGGCAAGCUGCUGGCGCCCAUCCUGAUCCCGCGCGUGCCCGGCACGCCGGGCCAGCUCAAGGCGCAGGCGCACCUGGUGGACUUUUUCACGGCCAACCUGCCCGGGUGGGAGCAGAUAUGGCACAACUCGACGUCCAAGACGCCGGCGACGGGCGACCGGGAUGUGCCCUUUAACAACCUCAUCUUCCGGCGCGACCCCCCGUGGGCCAAGGCGGGCGACGUCGGACGCCUGACACUGGUGGCGCACUACGACAGCAAGCUGACACCCGAAGGCUUCAUCGGGGCGACAGACAGCGCGGCGCCGUGCGCGAUGCUGCUGCACGCGGCGCGGAGCCUGGAUGCGGCGCUGCAGACUAAGUGGGCGGCGAUGGAGGCAGCCGGCGAGGCGGACACGUCGCUAGAGCCGGCGUCGGGCCUGCAAAUCAUCUUUCUCGACGGCGAGGAGGCGUUUGUGCAGUGGACCGACGACGACUCGCUGUACGGCGCGCGCGCCCUCGCGGCGCACUGGGAGCACGACUUCCACGGCGCCAGCAUGUCGACGUACCGGACAUCGCUGAGCGCCAUCAGCCUGUUUGUGCUGCUCGACCUGCUCGGCGCCGAGGCGCCCUCGAUCCCGUCGUACUUUAUGACGACGCACUGGGCGUACCGCAAGAUGGCGCUGCUCGAGACGCGCCUGCGCGACCUCGGCCUGCUCGAGGCCAAGGCCAGCCGUCCUUUUCUACCCGAGGCCGACAAGACGGCCGAGCGGUUCCGCGGCUUCGGUGCCGGCACCGUGCAGGACGACCACGUCCCGUUUAUGCAGCGCGGCGUCGACAUCCUCCACCUUAUCCCGUCGCCGUUCCCGCAUGUCUGGCACACGCUUAACGACGACGGUGCGCACCUCCACAUGCCCACCACCCGCGACUGGGCCAGGAUUGUCACGGCGUUUGCGGCCGAGUGGCUGGAUCUGACGGGGACGCUGCCGCAGCUCGUGCCGAAGAGAAACAAGAGGUCCAAUACGGACGCAGUGCCCACGAAGGAGCGCACCGAUCUGUAA